AUGACCCGGAAAUCACGGUUCCCAGCUGCGCUGCUGAGCUUCUUCGUCGCCCUCUCGGUGGUGACGGGACAGCAGAUCGGGACGGAAAUCCCAGAGAUUCACCCGGAUCUGCCGACCCAGUUCUGCACCCGAAAGGAUGGUUGCGUCUUCCGCAAGACCAAGGUGGUCGCCGACGUCAUGUUCCGGUCGAUGCACGUCAAGGGCAACGUUUCCAUGCCAUGCACGGCCGCUUUUGGCACCCCAAUGUGUCCCGACGCGGCCACGUGCACGCGCAACUGCGUUCUCGAGGGCGUCGAUUAUUCGACUCUGGGAGUGAGCACCAACGGGACCGCCUUGAAGCUGAGACAAUACGUCUUCAACGGCACAGAGUAUGUAAAGGUCGCGCCCCGCGUGUUUCUCUUGGGUGAGGACGCUCGUAACUACGAGCUCAUGAGACUCGUCAACAUGGAGCUGGCUUUUAAUGUCGACGUUUCUAAGCUGGGCUGCGGUAUGAACGGGGCGUUAUACUUAUCCGAGAUGGAUGUCUCCGGGUCCCGGAGUGAUCUGAACCCUGCGGGCGCCGCUUAUGGCACGGGGGAAUGCGAUGCACAGUGUUUCCAAAAUCAAAAUUUCACCAAUGGUGUGGCGAACCUAGAAUACCCUCCCCCAGGGGCAUGUUGCAACGAGUUGGACAUCUGGGAGGCCAACCGCGAGGCAACGGCAUUGACACCACACACGUGCAGCAAACCCUCUUCUUUUAGGUGCACCGGCGAAGAGUGCGGCAACGGUAAGGCCGGCGUCUGCGACAAGUCGGGCUGCCAGAUAAACCCGUACAAGCUCGGCGACAAGAAGUUCUACGGCCCGGGCGGGACCAUAGACACGACCAAACGCUUCACCGUGCUCACGCAGUUCGUGCACGAGCAUCCGGAAGCGGGCAUCGACAUUGCGCGCGCCGGGCAGCUCAAGGAGAUACGCCGCAAAUACAUCCAGGACGGCCGCGUCAUCGAGGACAUCCAUACCAGCAAUGCCUCAAUCAGCCCGCUGAAGGGAAUGGACCAGAGUUUCUGCAAGACCUACGGCUCGGAGGCGUACACUCGCCUCGGUGGCAUGGUCGGGAUGGGCCAGUCGAUGGCCCGAGGAAUGGUGCUAAUCUUCAGUAUCUGGAACUCGGAAGGCGAUUUUAUGAAUUGGCUUGACGCUGGGGAUAACGGUCCGUGUGGUCCGACAGAUGGCGACCCCAAGAAGAUCAAGCAGGAGACCCCGAAGGUUUCGGUAACCUACUCCAAUAUUAAAUGGGGCGAGCUUGAUACCGUCUUAAACCACAACGCAUCUCAGCUUGUGAGGGGCGAUAAAGCCAAGGCAAGGUUGGCUGCUAAUUCUGCUGGAGCCAUGGCGCCAGGCGUUACUGGUGGCUCAAUCCUUGGCCUAGCUAUCGUCCUGCUUGCGUUGGUAUACCUCUUCUAA